AUGUGGGAUCCAUUAAUCUAGAUUCAAUAUUUUCAAGAAAAUUUUUCCUUUAGCCCCAUAUUAAGUUUGCAUGGAAGGCGGAAACUUCCCCUACUACUUUACCUCGUCGCCAGCGUUCCCGUUGAGUGGUUCGUCUACGAAUGUUCUAGAACAAUCUAUGCAAAACCCUAAUUUUGCAUCUUCUUCUGAUCAGAUGGAUUUGGCUAGCCUUUUGUCAUCCGGGUCGAUCGAACAGAACCCCAGCUCAAUGGCUUCGAGGGAAGUAGAUCAAAGCGGUAUCAGAAGUAAAUCGAAAUUUGGGAAGAAAAAGAAGAGCAUACCGCAGAGAGUGGCGUUUCAUACAAGAAGUGAAGAAGACAUUCUUGAUGAUGGCUUCAAAUGGAGAAAAUAUGGACAGAAAUCUGUCAAAAAUAGUGUUCAUCCAAGGAGCUACUACCGGUGCACGCAUCAUACGUGCAAUGUGAAGAAACAGAUACAGAGGCUUUCGAAAGACAACAGUGUGGUGGUGACAACGUAUGAAGGAAUUCACAACCAUCCCUGCGAGAAGCUAAUGGAAACGUUGAGCCCUCUGCUCAAACAGCUUCAGUUCCUCUCAACAUUCUGAAUAACACACAACUGUAUAGAAAUCAAUGACAUACUGCACCUGACUUUAUGUAUCUAUCUUACUUCCUUUCAACUUCAGAAUAUAUUCACUUCUGUUUACUUACA